AUGGCCUUCCAGUAUGAUCCAAACCAACAAGGCCAAUUCCAGCAAGAUCAGGGAAAUGGCAUGACUCAACAGGGUCCUCCACCCCCACAAGGGAUGCCUCAACAACCUCAGCAAAACCUUGGUCAACAGCCUGGUCAAGACGGCGGCUCUCCAGCUCCAUUCGCUCAGCAAGGUGGAGUUGAGGGUUCCUCAGGCAGCGUCACUGGCGAUGCCAAGACCACACUCUGGAUGGGCGAGCUUGAGCCGUGGAUCGAUGAAAAUUUCAUUCGUUCCGUAUGGUUCGGAAUGGGCGAGCAGGUAAAUGUUAAGAUGAUUCGUGAUAAGUUCUCCGGUAACGCCGGCUACUGCUUUAUUGACUUCUCUUCGCCUGCCGCUGCCGCUAAGGCUCUUUCUCUGAAUGGGUCUAUGAUCCCCAACACCUCCCGACCCUUCAAGCUAAACUGGGCAUCUGGAGGAGGAUUAGCAGACCGUCGGGAUGAUCGUGGACCGGAGUUUUCUAUCUUCGUCGGUGAUCUUGGUCCCGAGGUUAAUGAAUACGUUCUGGUCUCACUCUUCCAAGCUCGCUUCCCGUCAUGCAAGUCAGCUAAGAUCAUGACCGAUCCUAUCUCGGGCAUGUCGCGAGGAUAUGGAUUUGUCCGUUUCGCCGAUGAACAGGACCAGCAACGAGCUUUAACCGAGAUGCAAGGAGUCUACUGCGGCAAUCGACCUAUGCGAAUCUCAACUGCUACUCCCAAAAACAAGUCCGGUGGUGCUGGUGGCCCAGCUGGCAUGCCUAUGCAAGGUGGUGGCGGUAUGGGCGGUGGUCAACCCGGCGGUAUGGGUGCUCCUGGAAUGUACUCGAUGGGCGCCCCCCCUCAACUGGGCUACUAUGGAGCACCUCAACCCAUGAACCAGUUCACAGACCCUAAUAACACUACUGUCUUCGUCGGUGGUUUGUCUGGAUAUGUCACUGAGGACGAGCUACGAUCAUUCUUCCAGGGCUUUGGCGAAAUUACUUAUGUCAAGAUUCCUCCAGGAAAGGGUUGUGGGUUUGUCCAAUUUGUUCAACGUCAUGCUGCUGAGAUGGCGAUCAAUCAAAUGCAAGGUUACCCCAUUGGUAACUCGCGUGUUCGUCUCUCUUGGGGACGUUCCCAAAACAAUUCGGGUCCGGCAGGCACUCCAUAUCGCCCUGCUCCUCCUCCGCCUCAAUACCAAUCCAUGGGUAUGCCUCCAGCACAUCCCUAUGUAAAUAUUGAUACGUGUUUCGCACUGGAGUUCUUGAAGCGAUCAUUGCGUUUUUCUGCUCUUGAAUUUGCCACUUUUUCAUGGCUUUCGAUUCUGCGCGCGUCCAAGCCUGGAUAG